ACUGCAAGCGGAUUCCUCGUUCUGCGGUUCUUAGCGAUAUCAUCGUUGUGCUUGCAGAUAUAAAAUGAGGCUUGCUUGACCCUCAAUCCCCAUCUCUAGCUCUUUCAGAUCGUAGCCUUCUUGAAGCCACAUUCUUGUGGUUCGAAGCGCUAGAUACCUGCUCCUAUGUGCCACAUGAAGCUCGCUCAAGCUUUCCUAGCCAAUCUAGUGCUGGCCGGUACCGCGAUCGCAGCCCCAGCUGGAUCGUCGGUCGCGUCCGCUCUGGCCGCCGGCUCAACAUUCCCUUAUGCCCCAGAGAUCCCUAACCACGUCCUCUGGUCACCUUCAGCCGGCAUCGACCCGCAGCCAGUACGUGAUGGGCUCGGUGCGAGCCCCGUCCUCGGCCCCCAGAAUGUUCCCGUGGACCUGCAGAACCCGGACUUACUCGCGCCGCCGUCCACGGACGCAGGUUCUGUGCAAGUACCUGUCUCUGGAAACGCUAAAUGGCCCUUCAGCUUGAGCCAUAAUCGCUUGCAAACCGGCGGUUGGGCCAGGCAGGAGAACAUGAAGAUUAUGCCCAUUGCUACAGAAAUGGCCGGUGUGAACAUGCGUCUCGAAGCCGGCGCAAUUCGCGAGCUGCAUUGGCAUACAACCGCAGAGUGGGCCUAUGUCUUGAAAGGCGGCAUGAACGUCGCUAUCGUCAACUCGGAGGGCCAAAACUAUUAUGACACGAUCAGCCAAGGCGAUCUGUGGUACUUUCCACCGGGUGUACCUCACGUCCUGCAGGCGACAGCAGACCUACCUGAGGGAGCCGAGUUUCUGCUAGUCUUUGACAGCGGAGAGUUCUCCGAAGACUCCACUUUUUCUAUCACGGACUGGCUGAGCCAUGUUCCCAAGGAAGUCAUCGCGAAAAACUUCCAGCUUUCCGUGGAGGAUUUCGCACAGCUUCCCGGGAAGGAGCUCUAUAUUUUCCCGUCAGAUCCUCUGUCAAAGGACACUGUGGCUCCAAAGAGUGCCGCGGGUGUCGCGCCUUUACCGUACACCUUCAGGGCGUCCCAGCUCACGCCUACCCCUCUAGCCGGUGGCUCCGUCAAGAUCAUUGACUCAUCCAACUUCAAGAUCUCGCAGACCAUUGCAGCUGCUGAGGUAACGGUCGAACCGGGCGCGAUCAGAGAACUCCACUGGCAUCCCUCCGAGGAUGAAUGGAGCUAUUUCCUGUGCGGCACCGGUCGCAUCACCUUGUUUGCCUCCAGCGGGAAUGCGCAGACGUUCAAUUUCCAGCCUGGUGACAUAGGUUAUGUGCCAGCUUCGUAUGGCCACUAUGUGGAAAACACCGGAAAUACCACCCUUCGCUUCCUCGAAAUAUUCAAAUCAGGUACGUACAAGUUUGAGGAUGUCAGCUUGGGACAAUGGCUGGCUCUCAUUCCUCCUGAGCUUGUUAAGGCUCACCUGCAGGUCAAUGACGAAGUGAUUGCGAAGCUAAAUACUACGAAGGUUACCGUCACCGCUCCGAGACAUUGAACUCGAAUCGAACUGGUGACUCGGUCUAGAGAAUAGACGAGAAUUAGAUGUAUUUUUGAAUAUCUCUGAGAAUGCAAUAUCUACCCCUGCCCGCUUGCCUUGUCGAGUAAAUCU